AUGGCUGCAAACCCAUUUCCAUAUCUCAUUCUAAUCGCAAGAUUAUGCGCGGGUGUGUUGGCUGGUGUGGGAUUGGCGUUUUACACUCUCGUCCUCAUCAAAGUCCUUGACUAUCGUUUCCCAGGCCAAGACACAUUUUUAACAGCCCUGCCUCUCAUCGGCGCAUCAUAUUCAAUCGCAUGGAACAUCCUCGCCCUCUCAACCAUCCUCCUCGUCGCCCCAAUCUGGCACUCAAUCGGCGACGCAAUCGCCCUCGCCGUCUUACUUUCUUUAGGCGCGGUCGGGUUGUAUCAUGAUAGCUUCACGUACCUGAGGAAUGGAAUGUACUUGCAAUAUGACAAUGGCUCGUGGUUUUUUCAGGAGGUGUUUGGGAGUGUGAUGUUGCUUCUUUCUGCCAUCACACAAUUCAUCGUGAUGAUCAUGUGUAUCGUUAAACAUAAGAAGUCGAAGCGUAUAGUGAGGGCACAGGAAGCAGAGGUUUUGUAUCCGCAGGAUGGUUUUGUACAGCCCGCGGAUAUGAGGAAGAGUGGGGAAUUUAUGGUUGAUUGUAAGAGUGUGGUGUCGUUUGAGAGUGAUGUGGUUAGUCUGGCACAGCCGGAUUCGGUGAAGCGGGGUUCUGGCGAUCGAGGUUCUGGAUAUAGUGUUUAG